AUCGCGUGUUUUUAUUUAAAUACCCUUCUUAUAACCUUUGUCAAUGCUAUUUGUUAUGACUUGAGCUCUCAGUAAACAUGAAUUUGACAUUUUGCUAUAUUGGGUGUUGUUGAGGACUGUCGCACACCAAGUUUCAUGGUCUUUUGGAGUCUGAUAGUGUAAAAUUAAUAAAGCAAUUUCAAACCAGUUGGCUGUUCAAGAAAUAAAACGUAGCCCGACAGUGAGAAUCGUUUAAUUGUAAGUAGUAACCAAAAAGAAAUUGUAUUAGGAAUAUUUUUACGUGAUCUACACGAUUGCGAUAGACUGAUAACACUAUUAUCUCUACAAUAAGAUAAAAUGCAAGUCCAUAUUAUAACUGAUAAUUACAAAACGGCGUUAUUUUAAUUUACCUAAAGAAAAAUAAGCAUAAUUACACUUUAACAUUUUACAUUCCCACGGCUUAUGUAGUAGACAACGUGGCAAAGUAAAAUACAGCAGAGGAAAUACACCAUCAGGUCACGAUACGUCGUCGAUAUGGUCUCGUAAGAUAAUUUAAGUAGUCUAAUAAAAAUAAAUAAAGUAGAGAUAAAUUUGUAGAUUAUUGUAAAAUAGUAGCCCAAACUGUGACAAACAGGAAUCUAACUAUGUUUUGAUUACAUAGUUAUGUAAAUGGUAAAAGCUUUUAUAAAUAGUUUUAAUGUUAGUAUUAUAUUGUACUGUUUUGAAAUUAUGUUUUUUUUUACGGAAAAGAGGGGCUCGAAGUCUACCCAAGUUAGGGAUGGCUAGGUCCUAGGUCAAACAUGCUCGGCCAGAAUUGAAAUACAUCGGCAAUUUUAGAUUAAACCACUCGCUAUACCAUACAUCCAAUAUUUAGUUAUUUAAAUUUUAUGGAAUCUACCAGUCGUUAGCGUGAAUUUUUUUUAACUUCGAUUAGAGUCAACUUAACUUUGUGCAUACAAUCUGUUGAAAAUGCGCGCGCAACUUAGUCGUACAUCGAAUACAACCUAUAUACUAUUCGAAUCAAAUGGAGAAAUGUUGCAAUUCAGGUGAAACACAGAGACCACAACGAAGAAUUCACGGAUUACAACUGCCCCUUAACUAUCAACAAAUCAUCGCAUGGAUUGUUUUUAUAAUCAGUACUCUUAUCAAUUUCAUAAUCCUUGUGCAGAUACAAUUUUAUGAGCUGAAGGUGAUUUCGUUGCUAAUUUUCACUACUCUAUACGUACUCUUUGUACUUUCCUAUAUAUUUGCGAUCUUUCUCGACCCUGCUGAAAAGGAUCUUAGAAAACGUGAAAUAAACGACGUACCAGAGUUCGAUCGAUCGAUACACGCCCAUGUGAUUGAAAACGGAAGAUGUCACCUUUGUAACAUCCACACAAGCAAUAAGAAAACGAAACAUUGCGGUAUUUGCAACAAAUGUGUUCAUAAUUUCGAUCACCAUUGUCAUUGGAUGAACAGUUGCAUCGGUCAGAGGAACUAUAGUGCAUUUAUUGUGUGUGUCGUCACGAUCACUUCCGCAGCCUUGCUGACAGCGUGUUUGUGCUUGGCUGAUAUUAUCUUAUUCUUUAUACAUCCUCGAUUAUUAAGUAGCGAAGCGCAAAGCUAUAUAAAUUGUACAGACAAUAUGGAUCCUAAUACGCCUUAUUGUCUGAAUUCAAUUUUGUUCCUAAGUUUCUCAGUAAUCCACCUAGUAGGAUCGAUAGCAUUAGCAUGCCCUUUAUUGCAUUUACUUUUCUUUCAUAUUUACAUAUGCAUUUUGGGCGUGACUACGUAUGAAUACAUCAUGAGUGAUAAAAUGUCAUACCACCGUGUGCAAUGUUGUAAUACUUCAAUAAAUAAAAGACCUUUUAUAGUAUCCAGGGGAAAUGGUCUAAACCUCGAUGGAUCUACGAAAACGAUUUUCAAUGAGAAAAAUUUACAAGAAAAUGAUAACAGUGUAGACAAUUUGAUACACGUUUUAAUCAAUUUAGAAAUAAACAAAGCUAAGAAGUAUUUGCUGUUUGAUAAGAAUAAAGUGCAUCCUCAACAAGAAACAGCAUAAAGCUAACAUGAUAUAAAGCUAAACUGAUAUAAAGAUUUAACAUAUUUAGCCUAGUAAUUAAACCACAUUGAGGCUUUUUGUAUAGUAAGUCUAUUGUGAAAAUAUUUAUAAAUCAAUAAAGUUGAUACCUUA